AUGAGCCUCAUAUUAGGAGGUGCUACGACUGCUGUAGCACCCACCAUCGCCUCUCAUUCUGCUGCGAAUCUGUCCUUUCUUUCCUCUUCUCCCUCCACCUCCUCCCUCUUCCCGCACCUUCCAGUCCAUUCCCACAACCACCAUCUCUUCUCGCCCACCCAUGUUCUCUUCCCCGCAUCGCGGCUUGUCGUCGCGUCAUCCUCCGCUUCCCGCUCGGCGCGCCAUGCUGCCACUUCACCCGCGCCUGUCACUCCCCAAUCGCACCACCACUCCCCCGCACCUCUCCCCGCACACUCCCCCUCACCGUCCCCGUUUCCGGAACAUUCUCCGUCCGGGAACGCGCUUCCGCGCAACUCGGUCAACGCAGUCAACGCCUCCGUCAACGCUGCCUUCAACGCAGACGCAUCGCCGUCGGUCUCGUCAGACAGGCAAACAUCCGGCAUUUCCGGCGUGAGUUCUGGAGUGAUUCCGUCAGGAGUACCCUCCACCAUGGACGCCACGCAUGCCGACCGUCAAGUUCUGGCCGGCGACCUACUCUGGCUGCCGUCCGAGGCUCCGACGGUCGACGGAAACGAGCUCGGACCGCCACCGCCGCCGCCGUCAACGUCAUCGUCGCAGUCGAGCCGCUCAUUCGCGGCCCUUCACGUGGCAGAUAUUUUAAACUUCUUGCACGGUCCUCCCCCGUCGGUGGAAGGCGCACCACGUGUCCCGGAGCCAUCUCCGCGUGAGCCGGCGGCACCUACGGCGGCGGCAGAGGCGGCGGCUACGUCGUCCCCGUCGACCGUAUCGGCCCCGCCUGACCUAGGCACUGCUGCCGCGCCGCCCGUGACGCAGCGAACGGAGGUCCCGGCGGCGGGCGGCGCGGCGUCGAGUGCGGGGAGGUGGUCGCGGGUGUACAGCCACGUGAACGAGGAGCGGCCGCGCGAGUACUGGGACUACGAGGCAAUCCACGUUCCAUGGGGGUACCGGCGCUGCAGCGAGCAGGUGGACUACGAGCGGGUGCGCAAGGUGGGGCGCGGGAAGCAGCAAGACAGGCUAGCAGGCAGCGAGCAGGCGGACUACGAGCGGGUGCGCAAGGUGGGGCGCGGGAAGCACAACGAG